AUGUCACAAGAUCUCACCAUCUCUCAACGAUACAGACAUGCUAUCAAGCAAUUCAGAGACCAGAAGAAUUCUGGAGAGCGCCGGGAUUCCCCGCUGUUCCAACAAAAUUUGCACCAAUUGAUCCGGGAGUUCACCCUCAUCAAGAGUAUAGUCGAUGAUCUCCAUUUGUUCAGUGACAAUGAGAGUUUGAAAGAGGUCAACACCAACUAUAUCCCGUUCUUGAACACUUCCUAUUACUUGGCCAGUUUACUUAUUAAUUCCACAGAAUCUGAAGACAAACAGAAGGACCCAUUGGAUGCCAAAGUGUAUAACUUAAAACAGGCAAAAUCAUUGCUUCUUCACUACUUAAUCGAUUUACAGAACUAUGGAAUUCUCUCCAAAAGCCAGGGUGCAAGACUCGACACCUUCAAGCAUUUCGCUAAUCCUUCAUUAGAUGAGAUUGUGUCUUACUCCAAUAACCCUGCCCAGAAAAGACAAGAUAAAAUCGAAAACUACAAGCUUGAAAAGGAAUUGAACAACAAAUUAUCUAUUUUGGAUGAACACUAUUCCAAGUCAGAAGAAGAAGAAAAUGAAGAAUCAAUUUUUGACAGGUUUGAUGAAGAAAUAAUUGGGCAAAUUUUUGUCGAUCAGCUUCGAUUGUUCUCAAUUGAUUCGUUCAACACCCUUGAGACAAUCACUAUGGAAAUUCAAGUGAUAGCGAAUAGGCCGAAAUUAAAGAAAAUUCAAGAAUUACCCAAUGAUGCAAGGGCAAAGGAUAUUUCAGCAGAAAACGACUAUGGUUAUACCCCAAGGCUAGAAGAAUUGCCUUUCAAUAAGACGAGUGUGUCAGAUCUUCUCUCCAAACAAGGGAAGAUUUUAAGACCUUUUACCAUUACCAGCAAUAGACAACAAUUAAAGGAAAAGGUAUUCGGAACAGGUCAAGUUCUACCUUCGAUGACUGUCGAGGAGUACCUUGACUAUGAAUUGGCCAAUGGUAAGAUGAUGAAGGAAGAAGUGAAGGAUACUAAUGAAAGUGACACGGAUGAUAGUGAAGAUGAAUUGGAGAAGAGGCACUGGGACGAUUGGAAAGACGAGAAUCCGAAGGGAGCAGGAAACAUGAAGGCUAACAUUGGUUGA